CUCCAGGACAGGGUGCAUGAGAGGACAUACAGUGGGGGAGCUGAGGCCGGUGCUCAUCGUGGAGCGGCUCUGCCGGGACGGUGGAGAUCGGUCUGUCUGCGGCUGCAUGCACAAAAGUACCCUCGGGGUUGUGAGCGCUGUCGGGAUGUUCGAGCUUCAGAUCCGUCACUUCCAGAACCUACACGGACUCCUGCAGACCGGCGACUGCUGCGACCUGCCGGCCGGCGGCGGCGGCCAGCUCUGCUCCGCCCGGGACCAGUGUGACACUUUCUUCCAAGCCUGCCUGAAGGAGUACCAGGCCCGCGUCGCCGCAACCGGAGCCUGCACCUUCGGGUCGGGCGCCACGGGAAUCCUGGGAGGAAACUCCCAGACGCUCCACCACCGAGGACACGACGGAGGAGGCGGAGGCGGAGGCGGAGGAGAGGAUGGGGCUAAUGGACACAUUGUCAUUCCUUUCAAAUAUGCCUGGCCGAAGUCCUUUUCUUUGGUGUUGGAGGCUUUGGACUUUGACAACGACACGUCAGAAUCAGGUCAGUUGAUAGAUCGAGUCCUCCUCUCCUCCAUGCUGAACCCGGGCGAGCGGUGGCAGAUGUACCGUCACCACGGCCGGGCCCUCAGCCUGGAGUACCGGCUCCGCUUCCGCUGCGACGCGAACUACUACGGACCCCUCUGCAACAAGUUCUGCCGCGCCCGAGACGACUUCUUCGGCCACUUCAACUGCGACCCCAGCGGCUCCAAAGUCUGCAUGGACGGCUGGACGGGACCUGAGUGCAAAGAAGCUGUGUGUCGGCAGGGCUGCCAUCAGGCCCACGGCUCCUGCACCGUACCCGGAGACUGCACGUGUCACUAUGGUUGGAACGGGCUGCUGUGUGACCAGUGUGCGACGUUUCCUGGGUGUGUGCACGGCAGCUGCACCGAGCCCUGGCAGUGUGUGUGCGACAUUAACUGGGGAGGACUGCUGUGUGACAAAGAUCUGAACUACUGCGGCACCCAUCAGCCCUGCAGGAACGGAGGGACCUGCACCAACACCGAGCCCAACGAGUACCAGUGUGAGUGCCAGGAAGGAUUCCGGGGACGCAACUGUGACAUUGUGGAACAUGCGUGUUUGUCGUCUCCAUGUGUGAACGGAGCUACGUGUGUGGAGGACCCGACCGGCUUCAGCUGCGUCUGCGCCGAGGGCUGGACGGGACACACCUGCGCAGAGGCGGUCAGGCAGUGCGAUCGCAGCCCUUGUGGUCGUGGAGCGACGUGUGAGGAGGCUCCUGGAGGUUACCGCUGCCUCUGCCCGCCUGGAUGGACUGGCAGGACGUGCCAGCUGGACACCAAUGAGUGUGAAAUGAGUAUCUGUGUCCACGCCCGCUCUUGUCGCAACCUGAUCGGAGGAUACCUGUGUGACUGCCUUCCCGGAUGGACGGGGCCAAACUGUGACAUCAGGAACAGCAGCUGUCAGGGUUUGUGUGUGAACGGCGGUUUUUGCGAGGACCAGUUGUCUGAUCCAGAUGCUUGUGUCCAACUGGGUUCUCUGGAAAAUAUUGCCAAAUAGACUGAGUUCUUGUUGACAGUGCGCCGUGUCUGCAUGGAGGACAGUGCGAGGAAACAGAUGGAAGGACGACCACCUGCAACUGUCCGGCUGGAUUCUCAGGAAUCUUCUGUGAGAUCGCUCUGGAUCUGUGUGACCCCAAUCCUUGCCAGCAGGGUGUACAAUGCCACAUCAUUGAGGACAGGUACAUCUGUGCCUGUCCUGAGGGUUACUACGGCAAUGACUGCAUGAGCCUUAAGAAUCCUUGCAUUGGUCAACACUGUUCAGGUGCCAUGUCAGAUAACACGCACGGGAGUGUCAGCUUCUACAUGAUCCUGGUGGGCAUCUUGGCCCUGCUGACCGUCUGCGGAUGCGCUGCCUCGCCUUCGUCCCUGUCCCACUUCCAUCGGAAAGCGGAAAAAAAGCACAUAGCAGGCGGUCCCACAGGAAGAGGGCAUCAACAAUCAGCGCGAGUUUGUCACCUCAUCAGGAACGUGGACAGUCCCGUGCCUCUGCUGCGCCCGCCGCCCCGUCACGCACCCACCCACCCCGGCCCGGCCUCACGCUGCUACGAGUGAGAUCGAACUGACCCUGCCGCCUUCCCCGGCGCCGUCGCCACCCCUCGCCAGCGCUGAAGCCGGCCCACGCCCCCAAACUGGACAUUUCAAACAGGGAGAGGGAGAAGCUGAACCGCUUCCACCACACAGACAACCAGGAGCUGGAGGUCUGACCCUGCCCCGAACCUUUGAGCCUCUGAAGGGCUCCUCUACGUUCCACUUUGCGUCCUGGGUGUACUUUUGCUCACAGGACCACGUCUCCAAUUACUUGCACUGUGUCAAAAGUUGCGGUUGUGCAAAAAGGAUGACUCUUUGACCUUCGGGUGCUCAGAUGUCAUCUGAGGAGGAAAAGCUGCUACAUAAUAAGGUCAAAGGUCACCCUGCUGCCAUGUAUAGGCGGCUGCAGGUGAGUGUUGUUUGACUGAAAGACUGAUCAGUAAUCUGGAGACUAAAAACUUGCCUUGGAGUGCCUGAAAUACUGUCAGGAGGCAUAAAGUGAAGAUCUUUCAACGUGUUUCCUGGUCCGUGAUGCCAUCUGACGUCUGACUGAUGUUCAGAACUUCCGUUUCCUUUUCAGACUGAACUCUGACAGGCAGAGAUAAAGAUGAAUGGAUGCCUACUUGGUGUAUUUGUGUGUGUGUGUGUGGUGUGUGUGUUGUGUGUGGUGUGUGUGUGUGUGUGUGUGUGUGUGUGUGUGUGUGUGUGUGUGUGUGUGUGUGUGGUGUGUGUGUUCAUGCGUGCUUGUAUGAAAGCGAGGAGAGAGAAUAACAUAAUGUACAUUAUGAACAUAUGGAGAUUAAAAGAGACAAAAGACGGGCAGAUACAUUUCACUUAAAACAAAGUUGAUCAACUGUCUAAAAAAGAGUGCACACUCCUGAACUGAAGGCUUGUUUCACAACGGAGAAAAUGUUUUUUCAAUCAUACACUGUUGCCUGUAUAGUCUCUGUCAUAUUGCAGUUUGUUGAAGGUGUAUGAUUUGUUUUUUUUUUUCAUACGUGCAUGUAAAAUAGCUUUUUUGUACAUAAUAUAUUGUACAUAUUGAGGCUUUUUUGUACUGUGAUUUGGUCUAAAAGUAUCACUGUAUUACCUUGCUCUGUUUGCCCCUUUUCACUUCCAUUUGGAGCAAAAGCACUGAUGGAUUGUAAUAAAAGUGCAUUUACCAAUUU